AUGUCAGAAGCUGAACGUACAAAGUUUUGCGGUGCAUCAUUUGAUAAAUCAUCAAUAGUACAUGUUGAUGAUGAACAAACACAACAACCCCGUUCAGCCAUGUUUAUAUUAUGGAACUUAAUUGCUGAUUUGGUUGAAACACAAGAUCAGAUACCAAAUCAGCAACAACAAAUUUCAGAUUUUUAUGGAAAAACCAAUACAACCUUUCCUAGAUUAGCAUGUUUGAUGCAAUUAUAUAUCAAUGCUAUGGAAAUACUUGAGCGUGUGAAAGAUCUUGUUGUGUUUUCUGAAGGAGAUAAUCCAGAAGGUAUUAUAAAAAAUAGGCCAGCAUUAGGUGAGCGUGCACUCCAAGAACUGAUGAUUGAUGGUUUACUUAAGUUUAAUUAUUUCUUAAUUGAUAUUCGUGGUCGAAAUGUUAAAUCAUACAUGAAAGUACCAGUUCCAUCACAUGAUGAUCCAACACGAGAUCUUUUUAUUAAAAAUUUAAUGAAAAAUGAUAUUGAUGUUAAUGAGUAUUGUUCUAUUUACAAGUCGUCUUCCAUACCACCAAAUAAUAAUCUUUCCAAUAAAGCAUUAGAAUUCUUUGAAUACAGCGCAUGUUUGCAUAUCACAAAUUCUGUUAUUCAAGAAGUUGAACAAGGAAGUUUUAUCAUAAAAAAUGCUAAUGUAUUUACUCAUCAAUUCCAUAGUAUUGAAAAUUUAGUUGUAGAUACUCAAUCAAAUCAAAUUAAUAGUAAACGUCAACCUCUGAAUGUAAUAAGUCAAGUAAAUAAAUCAGUGGUACAAAUUAGACAUACAACAACAUCUAUAGUCAAUGUUUCUUGUAAUACAGUUGAAAAAAGUCAAGAUGCACUGUAUGCUAGUCCAAUAAAAAUAUCCUGUACCAUACCAGAUGACGAUAUAAUAGAAGAUAAUUCAUCAGAACAUAUUCAUAAUUCAUUUGCAAUAACAGGUGAGAAAACAGUUGAUGAUCAAAAUGAAUAUCAUGAUAUAUCAACACAUGAAAUCAUGGCAGAAACCACUGAUAAACAUAUAAUAUUAUCUGAACAAGCAGUUAAAAAAGUAAUGCACAAUAUAAUGAUUGGAAAGUCAGUGAUCUACACCAAAACAGAUUUAACUAUGAUAUGUAAUAAACCAAAUAUCAAACUGGAAGCUAUAAAUCGUUUGAUAAAAGCUAAUCUUCUAAUAUAUGAAAAUGACUUGUGGGUCGAACCAACUCGUACAAAUAAGCAACCUAAAAAAGAUUCUAAACCUAUACUUCGUCCAGGAUGGUUAAAAAAUUGUCCAGCUUCGAAUUCAAAUGUAUCAAAAUUUGAUUUUAUACAAUCUUUGCAAAAACAUGUAAAUCUUAGUUAUAGUGAUUUCUUAAAAUCAUUUUAUCCACAUCAAGAAGAAAAUAUAUAUACACAAAAUAAUUGGAGAUUAUCAGAUAAAGUAAUCCAAAUAUUUGAAUCAAGUUUAUUUUAUAAAGAACACAUUCGAUAUAAUAUUCAACGUUUUCGACCAAAUGAUAUGAUAACCAAUGACUUAGAUGUAGAAAAUCAAUUACAAACAUCAGUGACACCAGUUUCUCAUUCGAACAAUGUUCAAGAAAUAACAUCAAAUGAAAAUCAACAAGAGAUGUCUCAACAGCAAAUAAUUGAUGAAAAUAGUGAAGAAGGGGAUGUGGUCUAUACUUGUCCAUUGUUAACAGAAAGACAAAAUCAAUUACCUUUACCCGUGCCAAAUAUUGAUUGUAAUAUCACACUUCUUAAUGAAAAAAAUUUUCAAAUGACAUGGUUAAUAGUCAAUAUUGUAAAAUUCGUUUUUAUGACAACAAAUGAAAAAACUAUCUCUGUACCAAUGUCUGUACGUGAUAUUGAUGAAUGCAACAAUUAUUUCUUAAUGGUUAAAUCUGAUCUUUAUGAAAAAUUUGUUAGUUUUUGGACAAGACAUGAAAGGUUUACAAGAAGAUGUGAUCUGAGUACAUGCUCCAAGGUAUUUAUUGUGGAUGGUCAUCAAAAAGCUAAUCGACUUAUAUGUCAAUACAAAAAUGUAGUUGAUAAUACUAUACCUGAACUUGGACCGGUUCAAGUCGGAUGUUUAUACUCUCCUCUCAGAAAAGUGCGUCGAGUUCUCCAUCACAUAUUAACUAUAAAGCGGCUCGGUCUAUUACCUUCAGCAAUGUGUUAUGACUGUGCAUGUACUUUGAAGCUCUUUGUUAAUAAACACUUUGGUUCAGACAAUUUGCAGUCGACAAAUUUUACUGAAUUUCUCUCAUCGUUACCUAUGGCAAUCGAUCGAUUUCAUGUUAAAAAUCAUACAAGAGCAAUGUGUAAAACAAUAAUGAGACCUGAUCACGAAUGUCACAAUGGUAUAUACAAUUCAAUUAAUACACAAGUUGCCGAACAAGGUUUUUCUUAUUUUUCUAAAUUCAAAAACUCGUUCAGAGGAUACAGUUAUCCAAAAUCAACGAUAUUUUUUACAAUUUUGUUUCAUCUUAAAAACUGUACAAUAACUGGUAUUAGUUCAUUUGAACAAUCAGUAUAG